AUGAGGACCAUAACUUCAGACAGCGGUCAAGAGGAAACUGUGACCGUGAGAAGAAGUGAAUCAGCGGAUGCGCAGGGGAUUGACGGCCUCAUCAGCCCCUCAGCUCUGGCGCUGUUUGGGAGGGUGAACGUCAUUCACCUUCUAGAAAAAGCCAACCUGGCUGUGACCCUGGCCAAUGAGAAGGACGACAUCGUGGCCCAUGCUUCCUUCUUUGAUCACCCUGUUGGAGAUUUGGUGGAUCAGGCUCACUGGGAGCCUUUCCUGCAGAAACACUUCAGUGCUGAAAACUGCACGCCUUUGAACACGCUCUUCCUCCACCUUUUCGUGGCACAGACCAAUUUUGCUACAGCAAGUGUAAAGGAGAUAAUGAGGACUGUCUUUAAUGCCAUCACAGAGCUUGAAUACAUCUGCCUGGUCAGCCCAAACAUCAGCGAUUUAGAGCCAGCACUGGAUGACAUGUUUGAGCCGUUGCAGCGCCUGACUGACCCCGGGCCACAGUGCUUAGCAUUAAUCUGCCGCAGACAGAAGCACUGUCCAAGGCUUCACGUCCGCCCUGCCAGGGUUGAAGACCACGAUGACAUUAUGUGCAUAUUUGAACAGCAGUCAAAACUGCUGUCAGUCGUCGAUCAGCCGUACAUCCUGGCAGAACUCAUUGAAGCUCAGAAUGAAGUAAACCGCAUGGCUGUUUGUGAGGUUGAUGGAGUCGCUGUUGGCUUCAUCAGUGUUACUGCUGAUGUUGAUUUGAAACAGCUGUGCAGCAGCUUUGAGCUCAGUGAAUUCAAUGGUUUGUACAAACUGCAGCAAACAAAACUUGAUGUUGCUCCUACGGACCCAAGAGAAGACGAAGGAGAACCGAGACAAACCCAAACCUCCGCUUCACAACAGCCGGAGGAGAUGCAGUCACCUGGAGCAGGAGGGUUUUCAGAGAAAGCCAACGCUUUCAGUAUUCAGUUCUUCGUUAUUGACAAGAAUUAUGAAAAUAGAUCAGUGGACUUUAUUCCAUAUGUAUUCCAACUUUUCCCUGACCUGGAUUUCUGCGUCACCACAGUACCGACUCUUUCUCCUGAGUCUCUGCUGCUGCAGAGCUUCCUCAGGGUGCCACCUCGUGCCACCAGUUCACUGAGUCACGAACUCUACGUUUUCCACCGGGCUGGACUAAGGCCUGUGAGGGUGAGGCCAGCUGUGUCUGCAGACCGGUCUGCUGUCUCUGAUCUGGUAAAGGGUCUGACACUGAACGAGUCCUUGCUGCAGGACCUGGACUGCUUCUAUGAGACCCGCAGUGACCCGGCCGGGGUGCCGCUGCAGGCCUUCGUGGCUCAGGUGGACAGUCAGGUUGUGGGGAUUGUGAUCAUCAGAGAUGAGCAGGACGUCGAGUACAUCCGUGCCCACUACAACAUCGAGAACUUCAUCUAUUUCAGCCAUCACAGCUACGAGGAGCACGCUCAGAUACGCCACUUCGUCCUCAAACCCUCCUUCCAGCACUUCACCAGACACUUGUUUAAGGAGGUCCUCCGGCUGGCUCACAGAUCCUGCCUGUACCACAGAAUCUACCCCCCCAAUCUCAGCCAGGAGAAUUCCUGCGUCCACCAUCUGGAUUUUGUCCUCAACUGUGCGGUUCCCGUCCGCCCGCGACGCCAGAUCAUCUACCCGCUGGAGGAGCUUGGCAUCAACGCCCCGUCCAGGCACAUCACCGAGGACCAGGCACCGUUUGCUCUCAGCCUCAUCAGCAGAAAGUUAACCAUGGAGCCAAAGGUCACCAUUAAUGCCAGGACUGUGGUGGUGGGGGCGUCAGACACGGGUUUAUCUUUCCUUGAGGUGCUUUGUUUCUGCCCUCACCUGAAGUUCAACAACCUGACCCUCAUCUCAACACAUGGUUUCCCCGGCGACUAUAACCACGAGGACCUCGGAUUCCUGUCCACAAGUCAUGCAUACAGCAGCAGAGACUUGGCCCAACUCCCUCUGCAUUCCUGCAUCAGUGUGAUGACUGAGAGGAUGGUGGGCAUCAACAGGAAGUCCAAACAUGUCCUGGUGUCUAGUGGCGAGAAGGUGCCUUACGACCACCUCAUCCUGACUACAGGCCUGCAGUACCAGGUGCCCUGUCCCAGUGGUGUGGAUCUGAGCCAGCCGGUCACAAAUGGCCAGCUGCAGACUGGGUCCGCUCACCGCAGAUACACCGGGCCCGUUCCCUCCAACCUCUUCACCCUCAACGACCUCUAUGACUGCACGGCUGCUCGCCGCUGGCUGCGUGCCAACUUUGUGGAGCUGGAGGAUAACGCCAUAGUAUACGGGAACAACAUUGAUGUCUACACCACAGUGGAGACCUUGCUCAGCCUUGGCAUCCAUGGAUCUCGUAUCCAUCUAGUCCUCCCACCCUCUGAACCUGGUGUCUCCUGCUUCAGUGACCCCGCUGUGGAGAAAGCCGUGGCGACGGCCGUGGAGAAAGCAGAGGUCCACGUCCACCAUAACUGCCUGCUGGCCCAGAUGAACAACGGCGAACACCCCGACCCUCUCACAUCAGUGUCAUUCACCACCGACGCAGAGCCUCUGUAUCUGCAGUGUGGUGUGUUCAUCAACCUCUCCAAUAAAGGAGUCAACUACGAUGCCUUCAAGAGCAUCAACAACUCCUUCCUGGUGUUCGACAGCAGACUUGUCAUAAAUGCUGCUUUCCUCACCAGCGACUCAGCUGUUUGUGGUGCCGGACCUCUCACCAAAUUCUCCAGGUCCUACCACACAGACGAGUGGUCACAUGCCUGCUUCAACUCAAAGGAAGUGGGCCGGUAUCUGGCGGCCACGAUGCUGCCCCUCUUCGACCCGACGCUGGGGGCUGCCGACGAGCCUCCAUCUGAAACGGAUCGUCUCGUACCGCUGUACAGACAGGCCAAGAUUCAAGGUGGGAAGCUUCCUGGGGGAUUUAACUACCUGCACUUUACUAAACCGUCUGCCUCCAACCUGACAGGUCCACCUGUUAAACAUUUACAGGACAGAGGGAUUGUCACAGGACGAGUGGAGACAGGGAACUACUUCUGUUUGCAUCUCGAUUGCUACGAGCUGGUGGAGGCGCUCACCUGCUUCUCUCUGAAGCCCCUCCCCGUCUCCAAUUACCUGAGUCUGUAUGGGAAGCACCAGCAGCUGCUGGGCCAGCUGUUGACCCGCUACCACCAGGCCCAGAUCCACGACCUGUACAGUUUCUUCACACAGAGCUGGUGUUUGGCUGUUUGUCACGACAGAUUCUCUGACUUCGAGCAGGAACUCCUGCAGAUCUCUACCAAUCUCAAGGACGAUGAGUCGAGGCAGCAGGUGAUGACGGACGAUGACGAGCCAAACGUCCUCCCUCAGGACCGGUUUAAAGAUGCUGAGAGUCGAGCUGCUCUGAGAAGCAGCGCUGUGAAAUAUCUGAGCUACAACAGAAACCUGCUGCCCAUGUUCGCCUGCCCGGGACAACUGUGACGCUACAACAUCAGCAAGUCAGCAAAGUUUUAAAAACCUCUUUAUGCACAAUGAACCUGCAGGAGAAACUGAA